ACUCACAUUUGUAACUUUUUCAUACUAAAGGCAACAGCAGCUAAUUGAAUGGACGAUUUAUUGUCCUUCUUGCUCUCGCACGCACAAAAGCGUAUAUAGUGCAAGAAUUGUUCCGCGAGUGCAAGGAAAAAUUUUCCUUUCCAAAUCCCUAAAUACGCUUGCGAUGGCCGGAUUGCUGUCGAUAUCGUCGCGAAAUCUACCGCGGAAUGUGCUGAGAUUCACGGUGAUCCCACUGAGGGAGAAUUCAGGGCAGCAGUUUGCCAGGAGUUCCAGAGCCUACCACCAGGGGCAGCACGUGCUGAGAUUUCCCCGCCUAGGACUUUCCGGGAACUUUGGGAGAAAAACCAUCGGGGAUUCGCAAUGGAGCAGUGUAAGGAAUUUCCGUACAAGUUUCGCGCUAAUGAACUCCGAAAUCGUCACGGUGCCCCCAUUUGCGGAUUCGGUGUCUGAAGGAGACAUUAGAUUUACAAAGAAAGUCGGCGAUUUCGUGGCAGUGGAUGAGGUUGUGAUGGAGAUUGAGACGGAUAAGACGACUGUUGGUGUUCCGGCGCCGUUUAAUGGGGUAAUUGAGGAGAUUUUCGUAACUGACGGCGAUACGGUUCAGGCGAAGCAGAAACUCUUCAAACUCAAGCCCGCCGAGGGUGGUGCUCCAGCUGCAGCAGCAGCAAAACCCGCUGAAGCUCCAGCUGCAGCUGCACCACCACCACCUCCUCCUCCACCAGCUGCCCCCAAAGCUGCUGCUGCUGCUGCUCCUCCGCCAGCAGCUGCAGCCCCACCUCCGCCACCAGCAGCAGCGCCCCCACCACCGCCACCAAAGCCUUCCGGGCCAGCGAGUCAAAUGCCCGUGGCAGCAAUUCGGCACGCCCAGGCGAUUGAUGCAUCCGUCAAAGUACCCCCGGCGGACUACACGAAGGAGAUUACGGGUACGCGAACGGAGCAGCGUGUGAAGAUGAAUAGGAUGCGACUGAAGAUCGCAUCGAGACUAAAGGAUGCCCAAAAUACGAAUGCAAUGCUGACGACAUUCAAUGAGAUUGACAUGAGUGCAAUCAUGGACUUCCGGAAGACGCAUCUGGAGGCCUUUGUGAAGAAGUACGGCAUUAAGUUUGGCUUCAUGUCGGCCUUCGCCAAGGCAUCGGCGUACGCGCUGCAGGAUCAGCCCGUUGUGAAUGCCGUCAUUGAGGGGCAGGAGAUCAUCUACCGGGAUUACGUGGAUAUCUCUGUGGCCGUGGCGACACCCAAGGGGCUCGUUGUGCCCGUCAUAAGGAAUGUCGAAAGUAUGAAUUAUGCCGACAUUGAGCUGGCAAUUGCAGCCCUGGGGGAGAAGGCAAAGAAGGGGGCGCUAGCUGUUGAAGACAUGGACGGUGGAACGUUCACAAUUAGCAAUGGUGGGGUGUUUGGGUCACUCAUGGGAACACCCAUCAUUAAUCCACCCCAGAGCUCCAUCCUUGGGAUGCACGGGAUCUUCGAGAGGCCCAUUGCGCUCAAAGGACAGGUUGUUAUUCGACCCAUGAUGUACGUGGCUCUGACUUAUGAUCAUCGUCUGAUUGAUGGACGUGAGGCAGUGAUGUUCUUGCGCAAGAUUAAGGCUGCCGUUGAGGAUCCCAGAAUUAUUUUAGCAGGAAUCUAAAAAAAAGAGAGAAAAGAAAGAAAAUAUUGUUAAAUGAAAGGAUUAAAAAAAAAGCAAAGAAAAGGUGAAGAAUUUCACAAUUAUAAUGAUAUUCGAACGAUUUUAGUGUUGAAAAGAGAAAAAAGAAGCAGAGAGAGUACCAAUCAUUAAAUUAACAUUAAAAAAAAAAUACAAACAGCGUGCUACAGUUAAAUUUCUCAUGUCGUUUUGCAGCUCGUCGUGAGAGUUUUUUUUUUAAAUUAAAUUAUAUCAAAGUCCUUUAAUUUAUAUUUCGCGUUCCUUGUAGUGAAAACAAAGAAAAGAAAUUUAUUUAGAAAAUUUAAAUAGAAAAUCUACACAAAAAUUCAUUUUUUGAGGCAACUUUUGUUGCAAAGUUAAAGUGAUUUUUUUUUCGUUUGUUAUUUUAGUGUUUAUCCCUUUAUUGAGAUGAAAACCACGCGUAAAAAGUGAAUCUGUAAAAUCAGGACGAAAUUGAACGAUCAUACAUGGAUAUAUACAGUAUAUGAAUACACAAUAAUUAAGUAUUUAUUUAGCUCUUUGCUGAUGGCACUGUAAUUAAAGAUUCUGUACAGAAGAGUUUAGAAAA